GUUCGCGAGUUUGACAGAAGUUUGAAUUGGACUCGGGGGCUUUCUGCAGCCGGCCGGGCACAGCGGCGGCCGCGGCCUCGGAGAGCGCGAGCAGCAGCGCCCCCCGCGACUCACCCAGCCAGCCUGGAUCCCGGGCGGCCGACGGCCGCUCCAGCUCCGGUACCGCCCGCUUCCCGCGCCGCGGGUCAGCAGCCCUCAGCCCCACCACAGUCCCCGCAGCCCCCGCAGCCCCCGCGCCGCGCCCCGGCCCCGCUGCGCCAGCAUGUCCUCGACGGAGAGCUCCAGCCGCACCGCGGACAAGUCGCCGCGCCAGCAGGUGGACCGCCUGCUCGUGGGGCUGCGCUGGCGGCGGCUGGAGGAGCCGCUGGGCUUCAUCAAAGUUCUCCAGUGGCUCUUUGCUAUUUUCGCCUUCGGGUCCUGCGGCUCCUACAGCGGGGAGACAGGAGCAACGGUUCGCUGCAACAACGAAGCCAAGGAUGUGAGCGCCAUCAUUGUUUCAUUCGGCUAUCCCUUCAGGUUGAACCGGGUCCAGUAUGAGAUGCCCCUCUGUGACGAUGAAUCCACCUCCAAGACCAUGCACCUCAUGGGAGACUUCUCUGCCCCCGCUGAGUUCUUCGUGACCCUGGGCAUCUUUUCCUUCUUCUACACCAUCGCUGCGCUCGUCAUCUACCUGCGUUUCCACAAACUCUAUACAGAAAAUAGGCGCUUCCCACUGGUGGACUUCUGUGUGACUGUCUCCUUCACCUUUUUUUGGCUGGUAGCUGCAGCUGCCUGGGGCAAGGGCCUGACUGAUGUCAAGGGGGCCACACGGCCAUCCAGCCUGACUGCCGCCAUGUCUGUGUGCCAUGGAGAGGAAGCGGUGUGCAGUGCCGGGGCCACACCCUCCAUGGGACUGGCCAACAUCUCCGUGCUCUUCGGCUUUAUCAACUUCUUCCUGUGGGCCGGGAACUGUUGGUUUGUGUUCAAGGAGACCCCGUGGCAUGGGCAGGGCCAGGACCAGGGUCAGGGCACCAGCCCGGAGAGCGCAGCUGAGCAGGGAGCGGUGGAGAAGCAGUAAGCAGCCCCCAGCUACUCCCGAACAGAACAGCACAGAACAGCACCUCUUCAACCACCUCCGGCUUCCAGGACCUCCCUCUUCCUUCUCCUCCAACUUCCCUCCCCCAUCAUUCUGGGCUUUGAGACGUCUUCACUGAUGGGCAGGCACCAGCUGUCGGAAACCUGGGCAGCCCUCCCAGUGCCUUCCUAUCCCUCCUCUUCCUGGAGUCCCAGAUGGCAGGAGCUCAGUGCUUCUUGUCUACUGCCUGGACCCAGGCAUCUUCCUUGGGGUCUUACAUGUACCCUCACAGCCUCUGAGAACCAGCCUCUGCUGCAGGCAAGGGCUGGGGUCAGGAGACCUGAGACUGGUUCCUUGCUGCCACUUCUGUCGAUCUGUCCAGCUUCAAUAAAUGUGGGGGGAGGGGAAAUUGGUUGGCA